UUAAAUGAGAAGCAUACCAUCAUUCUCAAGGACUUGUUGAGUCAAUCAGCAAACAUGACCUGUGCUGAUUGUGGGAAAAAGGAUCCACGAUGGGCUUCCUGGAAUCUAGGAAUAUUUGUGUGUAUCCAGUGUUCAGGUAUUCAUCGGUCAUUGGGUACACACAUUAGUAAAGUUAAAUCUGUUGAUCUGGAUACUUGGGUACCUGAACAGAUAGAUAGUAUGGUUCAGUGGGGAAAUGGCCGAGCAAACAAGUACUGGGAAGCCAAUUGUAUACAAGAUGGAUCAAGAUAUAAUGUAGAAGAGAAAAUCAGAGCUAAAUAC